CCCACACUCGCAUCGCACGUGCCCUCGCACUCACCUAACAAUCGAUCUCUGACGAACACUCCCCACCUCGUUGGGAGGAGGAAGCCUUCGAGAGUUUGCAAUUCGGAUCCCAUUCCAUUCUAGAUUCAGCAUCCGGUCGGAAUGGCGAAGGUUUAUACCCUGGAAGAGGUUUCCAAGCACAACACCAAGGAUGACUGCUGGCUCGUCAUGUUUGACAAGGUCUACGACGUGACCAAAUUCUUGGACGAUCAUCCAGGUGGGGACGAAGUUUUGGUGACUGCAACAGGGAAGGAUGCAACUGAUGAGUUUGAGGACGUCGGCCACAGCACCACAGCAAGAACUAUGCUGGAUGAAUACUACAUAGGCGACAUCGAUUCAUCAACCAUAUCCAAAAGGCCCACACCUCCUCCCACCGCAACGGUUCAAACAGUCCAUGCAUCAUCAGGAAUCGCUGACUUCCUCAAGUUCUUGGUUCCCCUCCUCAUCUUGGCUGCCGCAAUCGGGGUACGCUACUACACUAAACAGUCAUCUUCAGAAAUUUAAUCACAACAUUUAUUUUACUUCACUUAUGUGACAUUCUCUGCUGUUGAGAAGAUAUUAAACUUAUGCAUUGCCGGCAGGGUGUUUUCGAGUUUAAAUUUUGUGGCAUUUGAUUAUGUGAUGAUGAUUUGGUGUUUUAAUAUUCAUCUUAGCAUAUUUGAAUGAUUCAUGGAUU